AUGGCAACCUCAAAUCCAGCUGACGAGCAGCGAGUGACUUAUGAUUAUUGUGAUGAACCUCAAAGCGUGCUUGAUUUGGGCACCCUAGAUCAUGCAUCCGCAACAACAGGCAGCGUGCUGCCGUCCGAGAACACCAACGGCUUAGGCCAACACGAAGUUGAAACACCUGAUUAUAAAAGGGAACAUAUCUCACCUGGUCCUCAGAAUAUCCAAAAUGCUUCCUCCAGCAUCCAAACUUCACACAAAGGUUGUAAACUGACCUACGACCCGGAGUUGGAUAAAAAGUCAUCGGCAAAGGAAAAAAAGAGGAAGCCUGAAUACGUUGACUUUGUGCAAACCGAUUCCGUGUCGCCUUCGACUGAUCCACGCUGCUCAAUUGUAAGUUACACUAGGGGCGCUGCUAAUAAACCGAAGGCGAAGCUGAGGAACUCACCUUAUUCCCUCCGCCCCUGGUCAUUUGAUCCAGCAACAUCUAUCGGUCCUGAACCGCCAGUGCAGGUUGUUGUUACUGGUUUCGACCCCCUGACGCCUAUAGCACCGAUAAAGGCCCUUUUUGAAAGCUUUGGAGAAAUUGAACUUACGGAUAACCGCACCGAUCCGGUUACUGGGAGACCGCUCGGCAUUUGCUCGAUCAAGUUCAAAGAUGCACAUUCUUUCCAAGAUAAACGUUCAUUGCCGGCUUCUACUGCUGCAAAGAGAGCUUACUACGGAUGUAAGAAAGAACGGCGCAUUGGCACGCAUCGUAUCCGAGUCGAAUUUGAUCGCAACGGUAUUUUGUCGCAGCGUUUGGUUGAUAAAGCUAUUGAGUCAUGGCGCAAACAUAACCCAUCAUCUUUGGAGUUGAGUCUCCGUGAUCCUCCACCCAAGAAUAACGAGCCACCACCGACGGCUCCGAAGGGUCCUUCGGCUCGCCUAUCUAUACGUCCAGCUUUUAACCCACCCGAAGGUCCUAAGGCUGCAGUCAAACCUGCCUUAUCUUCACUAGUUGAGGAAACCCCUAUCCUAGAACAGAUCAAACGUGAUCCAUAUAUUUUCAUUGCCCAUUGUUACGUCCCUGUGCUGAGUUCGACGUUGCCUCACUUGCAGAAGCGGUUAAGAACUUUUGACUGGAAGGCUGUUCGCUGCGAUAGAACUGGAUAUUAUAUAAUAUUCGAAAACUCUCGUCGAGGCGAAGAAGAAACGAUGAGAUGCUACAAAGUGUGCCACAUGACUCCUUUAUUCACUUAUAUUAUGAAUAUGGAGAGUCAACCUUACGGAAAUCCUAACUACGAGCGCAGUCCAAGUCCUGAACGACUACGAAGGGAGAGAAAGAUGAAAGCCGAAACCGAACGAAUACGCAAAGAGUCGGAAAUGGAAACCAACGAAGAGAAAAAGCUGCGUGUCGCCAAUCUUGACCCGUCAAAGGAAGUCAUGAGUAUCGUUAUACAGGAACUAAAGACAAAACUGUUGGAAGAUGUCAAAUUGCGGGUCGCUGCCCCUUUCCUGUAUGACUAUCUUGACCCAGACAGGCAUGCUUCCAGAAGACAAGCUCUCGGUAUCCGUGACCCGGAAGCUGGCCGACCAAACCCGUUCAAUACGAGUUUUGGUCACUACCCAUUUGAAUAUUCUCAUCUCGACGUACUGACGCUCCCCCGCAUCGGUAAAAAUCGUCGCAAUGAGCUGACACGUCUAACUUACUUGGAUGAAAGGCGUCGUCACUUAGUUCGACGAAGCGAGGUGCGGCCGCUUCAUCACCGCCUCCAACAUCUUCAUGAAUCGGGAGACUCGGACGACGAAUCAAGGACGCCUGUUUCGAGGGAUACCGAUGAGCCUGAAAGCCGGCCGUCCAGUCGUGUGGGUUUUGACACAUCUGAAAGUGAAGAUGAUUAUGGUGACUAUACUAUUGCUACUCCACCUGGCGAGGAUGAUGGUAUAGAAUAUGGUAUUGCUGCAGACAGAGAGUUGGACAACAGCACUGACGAUUUAACAUCGCCGUUGAACCAUGAUAACUCUAUUCUAUCGAAGAAAAGGAAAAGACAUAACAAGGCUCUUGAUGCUCGGAAACGCCAGAAGGAUGACCAUCAACUUUUUGGCAUCCACGAAGAUGUUCUUGGAAGCGAUGUUCAUAUUGUUGAUGAUACAUCCGGACGACCUAUGUCUUCGUAUACAUAUGAUAGUGAAGGGUUUGAUCGAGAGGAACAUUACUCACAAUAUCCGAACCUAGGUCUGCCCGAAGUAGAUUUUGAAGUUUCUUAUGACGAACCACGACCGACUGUGGAUGAUGACGAAUCAUUAGUGCUUGACCUGGACGGAUGGAAGGCAUUAGUCAAAGAUGAUGAAGACAUUGAUCUUCUCAGGUUUAUUUUGUCAGAUUCAGUAUCUUCCGAAGUUGGCAACCUUACGGCAUGGGCUUGGAAACAAAGAGAAAUUAAGGCGCUUAAUCGUGGGGAAGCAGGCCCAAUUCGCAUGCAAAUAUGCAUUCCCGGGUAUUUUGUUCAGAAUACUACCGGCUCGGCCCGUACUGAGGGUAGAAAAAAGAUUUUUGAAGCCGAAAAAUCAAAAUAUCUCCCUCAUCGUAUUAAGGUCCAGAAGGCUCGAGAAAAGAGGGAAGCAAUGGCACAAAGCGAUCCGCAGGCGGCGCCCGUUGAGGUCGCAAAUAAUGCUAAUACUAGCAAUGUAUCUAAGUCUACGUCCAGAUCUACAAGGGUUCAAAAUCGGCGUCUAGCUGCAGAUAUCAAUGCCCAAAAACAGGUCCUUCCUCCUCAGGGAGGCGACGGUGAUGCUUUGCGGUUCAAUCAACUUAAGAAGCGGAAGAAGCCUGUUAGGUUUGCUCGUUCUGCUAUCCACAACUGGGGACUCUAUGCAGAAGAGAAUAUUGCGGCCAAUGACAUGAUCAUUGAAUAUGUCGGCGAGAAGGUGAGACAGCAAGUUGCUGACAUGAGAGAGAGAAGAUAUUUGAAGAGCGGCAUUGGAAGCAGCUAUCUAUUUCGAAUUGAUGAAAAUGCCGUGAUUGACGCAACAAAACGCGGCGGAAUUGCACGGUUCAUCAACCACAGUUGCACGCCAAACUGCACUGCCAAAAUCAUUAGAGUGGACGGCAGUAAGAGAAUUGUCAUUUACGCGUUGCGAGACAUUCACAAAGAUGAAGAACUCACAUAUGAUUAUAAAUUCGAGAGAGAAUGGGAUAGCGAUGAUAGAAUCCCUUGUCUAUGUGGAUCUACCGGCUGUAAAGGAUAUCUGAAUUGA